UUCGGUCAACUCAGUCACACAGUCUUCUUCCACCAGCUUGCCUCGCGACAAAUCCCCCGCAGCCAACCACAAGAAGACACUACCAACCACUCAGACGCAAUGGCUUCGACUAACAAAGAAGUGUUCGACAGCGACCUAUCCACGCGGGUUCCCACCCCGGCCCCGGUAUCCGAACAUGAGAAGGCGGAUCUCUCUGCGAGCGGCAGGACAACCAGGGCGCCAUCGACCAUCGAUGAUCCCUCGAUAGCGAAGAUACAGAAGGAUGUCGGGGCCGACGGCAGUUCCGAGACCGUCGACGGUGCUGUGAUUGAUGGAGAGGUCGCGUACCCGGACGGUGCCCGGCUCAUCUUCAUCAUCGUUGCUCUGGUGCUCAGCAUCUUCCUCGUUGCACUUGACAUGACCAUUGUCGCAACAGCCAUCCCGAAGAUCACCGACGAAUUCCAUGGCCUCGACCUCGUCUCAUGGUACGGCUCGGCCUUCUUCAUGUGUGUCGGAGGCUUCCAGUCAACAUGGGGCAAGGCAUACAAGUACUUCCCGCUCAAGAUCACCUUCCUUUUGUCCAUCAUCAUCUUCGAGCUCGGCUCCCUCAUCUGCGGCGUGGCGCCCAACUCGACCGCCCUGAUCGUGGGCCGUGCCAUCGCCGGCGUCGGCGCGGCCGGCAUCGGGUCCGGCGCAUACACCAUCAUCGCCUUCGCGGCCGCCCCCGCGCGCCGGCCCAUGUUCACGGGCAUCAUCGGCGCCAGCUACGGCAUCGCGUCGGUCGUGGGCCCGCUCAUCGGCGGCGCCUUCGCCGACAAGGUGUCGUGGCGCUGGUGCUUCUACAUCAACCUGCCCAUCGGCGGCGUGUCGGCCGUCAUCAUCCUGCUCUUCUUCACGACGCCACCGCACGCCAAGCCGGCGCAGGCCAAGCUGACCGAGAAGCUGCUGCAGAUGGACCUCCUCGGCACCGUCAUGGUCAUGGGCGCCGUCAUCAGCUACAUUCUGGCCCUACAGUACGGCGGGCAGAGCAAGGCGUGGAACAGCAGCGAGGUCGUCGGCCUGCUCGUCGGCUUCUUCGUGAUCAGCGCCGCCUUCGCCGCCUGGGAGAUCACGCAGGGCGAGAGGGCCAUGAUCACGCCGCGCCUGAUGCGCGACCGCAACGUCUGGGUGCCCAGCCUGUUCACCUUCUUCUUCGCCGGCGCCUACUUCGUCAUCGUGUACUACCUGCCCAUCUACUUCCAGAGCAUCGACGGCGCCAGCCCCACCAACUCGGGCGUCCGGAACCUGCCGCUCAUCCUGGCCGUGACGGUUGCGACCAUCGCCUCUGGUGUUUUCAUCUCGGCGACCGGGGUUGCGACGCCGUUGAUGGUCCUCGGCGCGGCUCUCGCUACCGUUGCUGCGGGCCUGAUCUACACCCUCGACAUCGGCUCCAGCUCGGGCAAGUGGAUCGGCUUCCAGAUCCUCGGCGGCCUUGGAUGGGGUGUCGGGUUCCAGGUGCCGAUUAUUGUCGCCCAGGGUACCGCAAAGCCGAGUGACAUGUCAUCCGUCACCGCCAUCAUUCUCUUCUUCCAAACCGUCGGCGGCGCCUUCUCCGUGUCAGCAGGUCAAUCCGCCUUCGUCAACCGGCUUCUCGGCCAACUGCCCGUCUCCGCCCCCGGGGUGGACCCGCUGCAAGUGAUCCUGACGGGGGCGGCGCAGAUCCGGCAGGUGUUCCCGGCCGACCAGGUCAACGGUAUCCUCGAGGCGUACAUGUCCGGCAUCAAGGCCUCCUUCGCCAUCUCCGUCGCCUUCGUCGGCAUCGCGUUCCUCGCGUCGCUGGCGAGCAGGUGGCGGAGGCUGAACAAGGAGGCGCUGAAGGCCGGGGGGGCAGCGUAGGCUGGGGUGGAUGGGUGCUGGUACAAUAGCAAUGGAAUAGGUAAUUGGCAUUUGGGAGGGAGGGGG